AUGAGCACCUCAAUCCUCAACAUCCAGCGUGAUCUAAUUUUGAACACGAUCCGUUAUGCGGCGGGUAAUGAGUGGAAGGUUUUGGUGGUGGACGAGACCAGUCGCAAGCUAAUCGACAAUGCUGUCAGUGAGGAUGAUAUUCUCAACCUCAAUGUCACCAAUGUUGAACAGAUCGAGCAUCGGCGCUCCCCCAAUCCUACGAUGGAUGCGCUGUAUAUCCUCUCGCCCCUUCCACACAUUGUCGACUGUAUUAUGGCGGAUUUUGAGAGGAAGAGAUACCGGAAAGCGUGGUUGGUUUGGACAUCAUUUCUCGAUCCGGAGCAGCGCGCUAGAUUGGACCGUUCCCAGCUGGCUCGCGACCAGAUUGCCAAUGUUCAGAUCAUGAAUGCCGACUACUUCCCCAGGGAAUCGCGCCUGAUUACCUUUCGAGAUCCGUGGAGCUUUCCGGUGUUGUUCCACCCUGGUUGUAAUCAUCUGAUCCGCGCGCACUUGGAGGGGUUGGCACAGAAGAUUGUGUCGCUUUGUGCGAGCUUAGGAGAAUACCCAGUGAUCCGGUACUACCGCCCCCGGGCCCCGACACACGAGGCCAGCGUACUGUGUUCACAUUUGGCGCGGUUCAUCCAGAAUGAGCUGGACCAGUUUGCGCAAUUCCAGCGCGACUUUCCGCCCCCGUCCCCCAGACCGCGCGGAGUGCUGUUGAUCGUGGAUCGGUCCAUGGACCUGAUCGCGCCCCUGCUACAUGAGUUUACGUAUCAGUCCAUGGUGCACGAUCUGCUUCCUAUCAGCGAUGGCGACAAGGUCACGUAUAAGACCGUCAUCAACGAGGGAAGCCACAACGAGGAGCUCAAGGAUAUGGAGAUCAACGAAGAAGACAACGUGUGGGUGGAGUAUCGCCACAUGCAUAUGAAGGACGUGCUCGGCAAGCUGGGUGAAGACUUUGCCAAGUUCCGAGCUGCGAACCCUCAGUUUGCGGAAGACAAUAACAAAGCGAACGUGAACACUAUCAAGGACAUGCUGGCGGGUCUGACAGAGUUUCAAAAGGGAAGAGAUGCUUAUACACUGCAUCUUAAUAUGGCGCAAGAGUGUAUGAGUUACUUCCAGAAACACAAGCUCCUCGAAGUAAGCUCGGUUGAACAAUGCUUCGCCACUGGCAUGGACGAGAACUACAAGAAGGCAAAGAACCUGGCUUCCCAGCUCGUGCAAUUGCUAGACGACGAUGCGAUCAAGCAGCCAGAGAGACUGAGACUCUUGCUACUCUAUAUUAUUUACCGGGGAGGCAUCCUCGCAGGUGACAUCCGGAAGCUUUUGGCACACGCGCAACUUGCACCGCAGGACGGUGAAAUUGUGGCCAAUCUCGACCUACUUGGAGCCCGGGUGGAGAAGCCUUUGAAGGACGACAAGCCACCCGUGCAGCCGCUGUUCACCAGGAAGCCACCGUCCGGGCCCAUCGACGAAGAGGAAAGCCUCUCGCGCUACGACCUGAACCUCAAGUUGAUCUUGGAGGAGCUGGUGCGCGGCACGCUGGACCCCAGCGUCUUCCCAUUCACGCGGCCGCACACGGAUACCGACACGCCAGGACAACAAGAGGGUCUCUCCCAGGCGUCGCUGCGCAGUGCCAAACCGACGUGGGCCCGGACGCGGUCGACAGGCGAGCAGCCGAAACAGCGGAUCAUCGUGUUCAUGGCAGGUGGUGCUACAUAUGGAGAGGCACGUACAUGCUACGAGAUCUCGCAGACGUGCGGCAAGGACGUGUUUCUGGCUACAUCGCACAUGCUGUCUCCCGGAUUGUUCCUGCGCCAGGUGGGCGAUCUUAGUGUAGACCGACGCCGGCUGGACAUCCCCGCCGAACGGCCCAAGCCCACAGCGCCGGCGCAUCUCUUCGAGCGGGAAGCUCCACCGGCGCCGGCGCAGCCGGUGAAGAAGCCGGUCCCGGUUAAUCUGAAGCCGAUGGCACCGACAUCCGCGCUGGCGACGAUGUCACUGGGGACGAACGGCAAAGCGGCGAACGGAGCAGCGCCGCCGGAGAAGGAGAAGGACAAGAAGGAGAAGAAAGAGAAGAAGGAAAAGAAGCACCGGUUCUUCCGGUAG